CAUUCCACCAUUUGUAAGAGGCCAGGUGUGUGUGUCGCAUCCGACGAGUUGUUUUCUGUUACGUUGUGCUGCUGCUGCAAAGUACCUUGAAUGUAAAAUCUAUUGUGUUUUUGUGUGCUGCUCAAUAUCGUACUUGUGUGAACACCUUGAUUCGUCAAUCAUCGGAUAUCUAUUUCGUCAAAGUGCAACAGUGUUUUGUUUUUACGAAGAUCCCACGACUGAGCUUCCCAAUUGUGCCUUCAUUGUCUCUGCUGGCCAGUUGAUCUGGCCGCCUUCGUUAACGCCUCGUUUAAUUUGCAAUUAUACUGAAGCCGACCGCCAUUGCGCUAUCGACUCUGAAGGGACACAGCACCGUGCCAUGCGGCUGGCGUCGAUAAUGCCGAACGGCGACGUCCGUUGUUGUUCCGCCGCCUGGUCGGAUGUGGUUUGUUGUCGAAUCCCGCCCAACCGGGUCGUGGUUUGAAUGCUGCAAUAAUCUAGCGCCCGCCCGUCCGUAGCUACUGCUGCCCGUUUUUCUGUGUGUGUGUGUGUUUUGUUUUUUUCGGGGACUCUAAUCCCAUCAGUUCAUCAUCGUCGUUCGUUCAGCCGAGAACUAGAGCAAACACUGUGUGCAACUGACGUCUGUUUGUUUUGCUCCGUGCGUAUUGACGGGGGGGACGGACCCACGGUUGGACAUUUUGGUGUCUGUGAAUUCUUUUGGAUGGAAACAUUGAGUGCCAAGAUGAAGAAGACGUCGCUGAUGCCCAGAUGGUGGAAGAAACGCUUCACGGCAGUCAUCACGGAAUCGGAUCCGUCGUGCAAAGUCGUCUACUUGGGCAAUGUUCUAACCGGCUGGGCUAAAGGUGAAGGUUGCCUGGACAAACCGCUGGCCACUUUGUGGAAAAACUAUUGCCAGAGCAGCCGGCCCGACGUGUCCAUGAGACUGUCUGUUUGCAGUUCUGGUCUUCAGGCAACGACUUCUGAGCAUGGACUCACCGAAUAUUGGUCGCACCGCGUGACGUGGUGCGCGGCUCCGCCCUCCUACCCGCGCAUCUUCGCAUGGGUCUACCGUCACGAAGGACGACGCCUUAAACAAGAGUUAAGGUGUCAUGCUGUGCUGUGCACGACGGGUCGACAAGCUAGACAGCUGACGGCCCGGCUGGAACAGCGACUACGCGAGGCCCUGCACGAUUUCCGGCGCGAAAAACUGUGCCGACAAUCAGCCCGUCUCUCGGUGGCCGCCUGUCUCUACGACGACUAUGCUAGCGCCAUUCCCAAACGGAAAUUGCUUCUAGCGCCCGGAAUCAACAACUACAAGCCCCCGGUGGAACGGUGUAAAUCGGCACCGAAAUUAGGUUCCAUCGAAGAAUCGCCGGAACUGGAAGAAGUCGAAGAAAAGGAUUGGCUUCGUGUGCUGGCUCUGCGCGGCUCCGCGCAGACGCUGCAGCGCAGCAACACAGUCAUCAAACCCGUUUCACCUGUCCGCAGUUCGCUCGAAACAGUCAGAGAGGAGGAUCGGUGCAUGUCUACUCCGUCCCUACCUUGCAAAAUCAUUGCGGAAUGCGAUCCGUCUCCCGACGCCGUCUCGCCCGACGGCCUCUUGGAUUUGGCCGAAGUGAAGGUGACCCUCAUGCCCGAUGGAGGCACGUCUUGCGUCGAUGGAAGUCCGGCUGCCGUCCAAUCUGAAUGUCCAACGGUGAAACCUAUGCGCCUUCCACUUUUGAGGCGAAUGAGCGCCGAGGCUCGCAAGAAAUUCGGCUCUGCGGAUUGCGUUAUCGACAACAGCGGAAGGCCGUCAUCGCCUCCGCCCAUCUUACCACGACGGGCCCGUCGCUCCCUACCUUGCAGGGCCGCCAGUGUCAACGAUUACGCGGCCGAGCUGCAGCUGCAACAGAAUCGCGUCCUCAUCCGCCGGCAAAGUCAGCCGGAAUACGUCGGUGUUGCUAGACGACCUACUUCGGAGUACAUUGAAUCGCGGGACGAGUACUUGUACGACGAGGAGAUCGACUUUCGAUUGCGACUCGAUUCGGCGGUGGAGCUCUUGGAGAGCGAUUCCUUUAGCGGCUCAUCUCCAUGUUCGUCGGCUGACCACAGCCCAAAUUUGGCCGACAAAGGCCGCAUUAACCUGGUGGCCAGUCCUAGCGACCAGGUGCAGGCCUUUCAUAUGCUGGCCAGCGAAGAUCACGACAAUGUCUCGGACGAGAGCGGCUAUUCAGACGACAAAGACGUCAUUUCAUCGUCGUCUUCCGCCUCGGAUGCUAGCACUGUCAAGACGAGCAAAGGGGGUUACGCGAUGGCCGAAGAAUUCACGCUCAAUCUAUAAGCAAAUAAAAAGCCCUCCCAAGUUUUGUAACCGUUUUUUUUUUCCCUCAGCCGUCCAGGACUCGGGUGAUUCAGACUUCCAAAUUUGCGGCUUUUUUAUUUACAGCCGUUGCAACAACAUCUUUCGUUAAUUUUUUUCUUAUUUGGAGGGGGGAAAGCGUUUUUGCAUGGUAACUCGUCAUUUAGCCAACACACCAAGUCCCGAUACGCAACUCACCUGUUCAUCAAAUUCAUUUUUUUUUUUGCGUCACGUAUUUCAGCUCGUUUUCACAAAGGCUAAUGACGACCUUUUUUUUUAUUAUUAUUAUCUUCGCAAAAAAGUAAGGAAACAAUUAAUCAUUUUAAAAGAAAUGUAAAAUUCUUACUAUAGGACAAUCGGUCACAUGUGAUUAUUUUGAGCGAACAAGUUGGAGAGCAAAAAAAAAAAAUUUUUUUUAAAAGAAUCUUUUAUCCUGUUGUGUGGAUUUAGCAAAUUGUCGAUUCUCGAGUCCUCCCGCCCACAUGAUUUCGUUGUUGUACAUUCCACUUGUCUAUAGGUGUUCCUUCCUCCCUUGCAACCACUACCGCUGUACGAUAAUUAAUACUCUUGUCCAGGCAAUCCCCGUUUUCCCCCUCACAGGUUUCUUCUUCAUUUUUUUAAAAAUUAUUAUUAUUAUUUUAUUUCACUCUUUUUUUUUGAAUUAAUUGGUAAAAUGAUCUGCAGUGCCGCGUCUUUCUCUCGUUUCCCGACAAGCCUUAAUUUGUUAUUUCGGCAAACGUACAUGUUUUUGUUUCUCUUCUCUCCGUGUGUGUGUGUGUGUGUCCGAUACAUAUUAUAAUUUAACGUUCCCAACCAAAAAAAAAAAAAAAAAGAAAAAAAAAGUGGCGCAUUUUUUUUUUCUUUUAUUUUUUUCAUUCAUUGGGGAGAAUACAUGGUGCGUGUAAGGCACAUUUCAAAAUUGA